GCGUUUUGGCUCGAGCCCCGCCAACCGCCCGCCGUGCCUCAUUCCAUCGCCCCCCGAUAUCCGGUCACUUCCGCGAUGGGUGCCCGCCGCGCCUCGCUGCUCUCCGUGGCCCUGCUCGGCCUGGCCGCGGCGGCAGCGCUCCUGAGCGCGCAGGCCUUCUGCGGCGCCGGGGCUGCGCCGCGGGCCGUCGCUCGCGAGAGCACGGUGGCCCGGGCGGCCCUGCCGCUGGACGGGGUGGCGGACGCGUCCUCGCUCAUGACCGCGCUGCAGAUCCAGCAGCCGGCUUGGGCAGCCAACCUGGUCCUCGUGAUCAUCCCGAUCUCCAUCCUGAUCAUCAUCUACCUCCAGUCGGAGAAGACACUGCAGGAGAGGGACGCCGUUAUCGGCAAGCAGAGGCUGUGA